AUGGAAGCAGUGCAGGAGGUGAGCUUGGGCGCCCUGCUGGACGCUGGGGACGGCGCCGUGGUGACUCUGGUGGCCGGCGACACGCGGCUGGUGGCGCACAGGGCCGUCCUGGCCGCCAGGAGCCCCGUGAUGGCCGCCAUGUUCCUCCACGGCACGCCGGAGGCCAGCAGCGGCCAGCUCGCACUCCCUGACGUGGAGGGCCCGGUACUGCAAGAGCUGCUGGGCUACCUCUACACCCUGCAGGCGCCCCAGCUGCCCGGCAUGGCCCACCAGCUGCUGGCCGCCGCUGACAGAUACGGAGUGUCCGUCCUGAAGGCAGAGUGGGAGCAGCAGGUGGCCGCACAGCUGUCCGUCGAGACUGCGGCGGCCACCGCUGUCCUCGCGUUUAGGCACUCUGCUGACAGCCUGAAGCAGGCCGCCGUCGCCUACAUUAAGGCCCACUUGGUCAGUGUGAUGGGGACUCAGGGCUGCGCAGAUGCAAUGCAUAGCCAGCCUGAAGAUUUGAUCGAGGUUUGUCGGCUGGUAUCUGAUCCACCAGUGGAAGCCAGGCAGAGGCAAACUGCCAUUGAGCCUGGUAAUGCGUUACUAGAAGAAACAUGCCUACAAGAAGUGACUGCUGAAUAUCUGGAGAUCACUGCAGAGAAAUCGUCGUACUUCGUUGGAAAUGGUGUUCAAACACAAGUAUUUUGUACCCAGGAGAGCACAUCAUACACUAUAAAUAACACGAACUUAAAGGAAAAGGAGUUUCAAGACUUUGGCUGCAGUUCAAGCACGCCGAAUUUUUCAUCAGACAAGAAGUUUAGCAUCGACAGUGUUCAGUCAACUGCACGUAACAGUACAUCGUCUGAUGAAGUAUCUCUCAGCCAUAGCAGCUUCACCACACAUUCUGUGACGAUGCCAGAAUUGCCGAACAGGAAUAUCAAUGUGGCACAAUCACUGUUAAAUUUCGUAGGACUCAGUCCCAUGAAAUAAUGUGUGCUGAUGAGAGACCACACAAAUUCGAUUUUUCUAAGGAAACCUUCCCUACAACUGAAAAUUUCAGUCCACAAAAAUCUGUCGUUAUCGAGAAAUCCCUAACUCAAUUAAAUGUUUUCAAAAAACAAGCUACAGUACACGAUAGUGAGGGAAUUCAGAAACGUGAAGUUCAUGGGAAAUCCAUUAGUCAGUCUAAUGAUCUCAAAACACAUACAUUAACACACACUAGCAAGAAAUCACACAAAUGUGAUGUUUGUGGGAAAUCUUUUAGUAAGUCAUCCCAUCUGAAAACGCAUACAUUAUGGCCAGAGACAUCACAAAUGUUUGUGGAAAAUGCUUUAUUAGGUCUGAUACUCUGAAAAGCCAUUUACUAACACAUACUGGAUACAGAGCACACAAAUGUGAAGUCUGUGGAAAAUUAUUUACCAGGUCUAGCAGUCUGAGGAGGCACACCCUAGUCUGUAAGGACCUAAGAUUACACACAAGUGCCAUUUGUGGGACAUCUUAAACUACAUCUGGAGAUCUGAAGUAGGGUAUCCUUAUGCACAUCAGUAAGAAACCAGCCAAAAUCAUGGAAAUAGGAUACCAUUGUGCCAUAGAUAAAAUGGGAGACAGACCCUACAUGACCUGCCAGUGUCCUUAAUUAGGUCAGUAGAAAUUGUAAGAGCGAGGUGUCAGAAAUAAGAAUGUUAGUUGCAGUGGUAGAGUUCAUAUUGAUAUCCAUAGCACAUAGAUUAGUGCUUAUUUUAGGGAAACCAAACUUAAUUUUCUAUGUAAACCCUAUAUUGCUACUUUAAAUUUUUGCGGCAGCCCAUUCUAUACACUGCAGUAGGCUCAGAUAUCUGGUGAUGUUGAAAUAAAUUUUAUUGGUUGUGUUCUAAA